AGGGUGCACUAUGGCCUAAACAAGUAGCAGCAAGAGAAGACGUUCUUUCUCCUCAUCAUCAAGAGAGUAGUGAUAGUGGUAGUGAAAACAGUUUUAGUAGUGAAAGUAUCAAUAUAAGCAGUGAUAAUGAAUAUUUAGAAGCAUUUAGG